AAGCGAUCGAAGUACUCGUUCGCCCCAAACGCUAAUUUCGAGAGGAGAAGUUUGGGUGUGAGUUAUGUGCAGUCUGUUACCCAGUGUACAGUUAUUUACGUGGUAGUGGGUGUUUCUAGUAUCGAAUUAACUGGUUUAAACAGUUGUGUAUAAAAUCGUGGCUUCCAUAUUAUAAAGUAAAUUGUGAGAAAUGACCUGUUAAUGUAUGGAAGAUCGUAAAGCAGGUUUCCAUAUGGUACAAUUGCAGAGGGUGUCUUGGUGUUGAAGCCCUGUUGUCAUUAGAGUUGCAGUCACAUUGGAGGUAGACUGUGAACAGAGUUGUGUUACAAAAUGUCUAGCCAGAGCUUUGCUCUUGCAUCUCUUACUGCCACUUACACAGAUUCUGAAGGUGAAGAGGAUGGUGUUGUGGAUGAUAACGAGAAAUCACCAAAUGAUGAUAGUAGCGCAGAUCCCAAUAUAUCUAAUAUUACAACACCACCAGUUCCUGUAGUGCCUCCACGGUUAGUCUCAUACCAUGAUGAUACGGUUAUUUCAGAUGAUGAAGGAACCCCAGGUGAAGGUGCAGAGCAAGAAAGGCAGAAGUCAGUAGGUAGUGAAGGGGAUCCUUCAGAUGGUGUCCAUCUUCCUCCAGAACCAACAGGCCUUUGUUCAAAUGUGUGUCAAGACAAGAUAAGUCAUUUGUAUGAAAGGAUGCAAUCAGAUGGGUUGGACAUGAAUCAUGUGAUACAGCAGCGCAAAGAGUUCCGUAAUCCAAGCAUUUAUGAGAAAUUGAUUCAGUUUUGUAGUAUAAAUGAAUUGGGGACAAAUUAUCCAGCCCACACUUAUGAUCCUUUACGGUGGGGAAAAGAAUCAUUUUAUGAAGAACUAGCUCGUGUUCAAAAAGCAGAGAUGGAUCGACGUGAGAAGGAACGGAAAGAUAAAACAAAAGUUGAGUUUGUAUCAGGUACAGCUAAGCGACCAGGUAGUGGCUCAGGAGCAGAAGAUGAUGCUAAACGACGGAAGUCAAAGUGGGAUCAGGUUGGAACAAUGGUGGCAGCUAACAUGGCAGGAGGUACACAGGCUGGUCAUAUACUGAAACCAGCCGGACUGUUACAGCAACCAUCAUUGACAACAAGUGUUACAGGUACAAAGGGAACAGUUAUAUCAGCAUUUGGCUCACUUCCCAAGAAACCACGAAUCUGAUAUGGGUUUCGAAAUUAUGUAUAAUAAGUGUAUAGUGAGGUGUGGUAUUCUGACGUGUUAGUUUUCUUGCUGCAUGAAGUAU